AGUUCAAAACCAAUCGCUGGAAAAACCAAUUUUUAUCCAAAACGGACCAAAAAUGGUUAAAAAAAGGGAUCUUGGAUAGCGACAUCUAAUCCUCUAUAUAAGUUUGUUACUCUCUCUCUCUCUCCCAGCCCUUCAUACCGAGAGAAGCCAACAUAGCCAUUGAGGGAAAAGAAUGGCAGCCUCAGAAGCGAAGAAUUUUGCCACAAUCCUGCUGUUUUCAUUAGCUAUCGCAUCCUGCACAUCCCCAAGCUCCGCCCUUGGAGACCUUCCCAACGAAAAUAGCACCGACUUCAUCAGGACAUCAUGCAGCAAAACGACCUACCCCAAACUCUGCUUCAGCUCCCUCUCAAGCCAUGCCGCCGCCAUCCAGAUGAGUCCUAAGCUCCUCGCCUGCACGGCCCUGGAUGUGACCCUGAAGAAUGCACGCUCAGUGUCGGUCUUGAUGGUGAAUCUUUCCAGAAGCCAAGGCUUGAAGCCUAGAGAGGCGGCAGCCAUGCAGGACUGCAUGGAGUUGCUGGGUGACGCGGUUGAUGAGCUCAGGAGGUCCAUCGCCGAGAUGAAGGACCUGAAAGAACGUGACUUCAAGCUGAUGAUCAGCGACGUGCAAACUUGGGCGAGCGCCGCCUUGACGGACGAGGACACUUGCUCCGACGGGUUUGCAGGGAAGGAGAUGGAUGGGAAAGUGAAGACAGUCGUGAGAGCCUGGAUUGUGACUCUUUCUCACCUCACUAGUAAUGCUCUGGCCUUGAUCAAUGCAUACGCCUCUCUACAUGGAUAGCUACGUUUUCUUGUAUUGGUCCCGGUGGUCCUACUACUUAUGUGCGGCUACAGAAUUCAUUUUGCACCUGAUGUAUUGUUGGCAUUAUGUACAUAGCCGCUACAAGCGUGGUUUUAAGGUCUUCGGAUAUUAUUAAGUUGAGAUGCUUCUUAAGUAGAAGCACUGAACUUCAAGUUCUUCUAAGCUUUACUUUGCUAGAUGAAAUUUGUUUCCGCCAUAUAAACUUUUGCCUCUAAUUUGGCACGGCGAAAUUCCU